UGACGUUGGAGCCAUCCCCACGCAUAUCGCAGAAAAGCUGUCGGAACAAGAUUGCAGUCUCUAAAAAGGAAAAGUUUCAGCUUCAAGUGCGUACAAAAAGAAAUAUGAAGUCCUCUUCUUGUAUCUUCACACUGCUAAUUUUGUGCGCGAAUAUAUCUUGUGUCACGGGUUGGUGUAAUCCUGAAAAGAGGACAGACAAUCCCCAUGGUCGCUGCUGUGUCUUUCCUUUUGUUUAUGGAGGAAAGACAUACAACUCUUGCACAAAAGUCGCUCAUCACAGAUUGUGGUGUUCAUUAGACAAAGUUUACAAAGGACAUUGGGCUAACUGCGUGAACCCAUGUACAAACAACCCUUGUCAAAAUGGAGGAGUCUGCACAGUAACUGGAGAUGACUCUUACAGCUGUAACUGUGCUGAGGGAUAUCAUGGAAACAGGUGUGAAAAAGGGCUCCCUUGUUCACCUGGCAAAAAGACAGACAACCCGCAUGGCCGCUGCUGUGUUUUUCCUUUUGUGUAUAGAGGGAAGAAGUACGAAUCUUGUACCAAAGUCGCUCAUCACAGAUUGUGGUGUUCAUUAGACAAAGUUUACAAAGGACAUUGGGCUAACUGCGGUAAACAAUAAAAUCAGGAAUUUGGCUGUGAAGAAAGGGUCAACAAAGAUAUGCAGCGAUACAAUAAAGACAUGGAAUGUAAUAAGUCGUUCUACCUGAUUAAAUUGAAAAUCUUGUGUUAAGGGUUUAUAUCAUUAAAGGGUUACAUUUUAUUUGAUCGUUUUUCAUUAAAGGAUAUGUAGGGCUUAACGGUAAAAUAAAAAAAACGCGAUACGAAUAGGUUGA